GUGCCGAGGAUUACAAGAGAAGAGAAAACUAUUAACUGGGAUCCAGUUUAUUCCUCUUUCCUUUUCUUUUUUUCUAACCGAUCCUUUGAUUCUACGUUUCCAAAGAGAAGCAAAGCCAAGGGGUGAAAUAAGGAAUAUAUAUAGAUAUAUAUUCUCUCUUGGCACUUUCUAAGAUCUGCAAGGAAAGAAGAGAAGCGGCUGGGCAAAUAAUACUUCGUGCAGAAAACUCAAGUCAGCUCCAGGAAGAGAGGGGAAACUUUGGCAGCUAGGAACAAGAAAAGGAGGAAGAAUAUUUGUCAAAUAAUUGCCCCUUUUGCAAUUAUUUCUCUCUCUUUCUCGGCAACUUCAAAAGAGAAAAAAAAGGGGGGGAAAGCAUAGCGGAAUCACUUCUCAUUUGAUCUGAAUUUUUUUUUUCCUCCCGUUUCGUUAAGUUUUUAUCAACUUCGAAGUUGCAACAAAGGGGAGAAGGGAUUUGGACAUUUGGACGUUUUUUAUUUUAGCAUUUAUCCCUGGGGCAACGUUACAUGAUCGACUGCCUUCUGGCUCGGUGACUUUAAAUUUAUUCCUGGUUUUCCCCGACAAAGGAGAAAAGUUUUGGGGAUACCCCUUCUUUUUCUUCUUUAAUUGAUUGUCCCCCCCAAAAAAAAAUUAUCCAUGUUUCUUCUGCUGAUCAUCAUCUGUUUGAACCUGGCUUGUUCGGCAGCCCAAAGGGGUCCUUCCAGCAGAUACGAUGAAGAAAUCGUUUAUCCUGAAAAACUGAAUGUCACGGUUUUGGGGGGUCAGGAAGACCCAUCUGGCAUUCUUGAGAAUGAAAAUUCCCUCGAUUACAACAUGAAUUCAGAUCAACAUCUGUCGUUUCGACUGCAGAUGUUUGGAGAAAAACUGACCCUCAAUUUAGAGAAAGACCCCAGCUUUUUCUCCAAGGACCUGACCGUCCAAUAUUUGGGUAGGUUGAAGCCGGUGGUGGACACUCUAACCGAACGAGGCAACUACUUCACCGGGACAAUCAAUUCGGAUCCGGAAUCGAUCGUGGCAAUCAACUUUGAUGGGGCUUCUUUGAUUGGGGUGCUGCAAUAUCGAGGCACCGAAUAUCACAUCCAGCCUCUGAGAGGGGGAACCCCGAACAUGGCAGGAGGAGCCGAGGCCCACGUGGUGAGGAAGAAGAUGUUGGAGAAAGAGGAUGGGCCAAUGUGUGGGGUCGGCGCGCAGGCACCGGAAGGCGCGCCCAGCGAAGAAGGAAAGCUGUGGGAGAAGAUGGGUGCAUCACCCAGGAGAGCCAAGCGCUUUGCUUCCAUCCCACGCUACGUGGAGACCCUGGUGGUGGCCGACGAAGAAAUGAUGCGCUUUCAUGGCGCAGGGCUCAAGCCGUACCUGCUCACCAUUAUGGCGGCCGCCGCUAAGUUCUUCCGCCAUCCCAGCGUCAGGAACCCUGUCAAUUUGGUGGUGACCAGGCUGGUGGUCAUCGGAGAAUCCGAGGACGGGCUGAGGGUCACCUCGAACGCGGCCGAGACCCUCCGCAAUUUUUGCGCCUGGCAGAAAGGGCUCAACAAGGCCAGCGACAAAGACCCCGAGCAUUUCGACACGGCCAUUCUCUUCACCAGACAGGAUCUCUGCGGACGUUCCAGCUGUGGUACCCUGGGCAUGGCAGAUGUGGGCACCGUCUGUGACCCGGCCCGCAGUUGUUCCAUAGUUGAGGAUGAUGGGCUCCAGUCGGCCUUCACUGCAGCCCAUGAAUUGGGUCACGUCUUCAAUAUGUUGCACGACGAUGACAAACACUGCAAGGAACUAAACCGUCACAGCAAAACCCGCCACAUGAUGGCGUCCAUCAUGUCUCCGGUCAAUCCUGACGAGAUGUGGUCCCCGUGUAGCGGCCGCUUCAUUACCGACUUCUUGGACAACGGCCACGGUUCCUGCCUCUUGGACAAGCCCCACGAACCCCUGAAAUUGCCCGCCGUCUUCCCUGGCAACAAUUACAACGUGGACCAGCAGUGCCAGCUGAGCUUCGGCACCGAAUCCCGCCACUGUCCCAAUAUGCACCCGCCUUGCUCCUCCCUCUGGUGCACCGGCCAGAUCAACGGGCAGUUCAUGUGCCAGACCAAAUAUUUCCCCUGGGCCGACGGGACGCCCUGCGGGGAAGGGAAGAGCUGCAUGAGUGGGGAAUGCAUCAGCCACAUGCAGCUGAAGGCCUACAAUAUUCCCACCAAUGGAGGUUGGGGCCCCUGGGGGACGUGGGGUGACUGUUCCCGCACUUGUGGCGGUGGCGUUCAGUACUCAACCCGCGAAUGCAACAAACCAGUUCCCCGAAAUGGCGGCAAAUACUGCGAGGGGAAGCGGACCCAAUUCCGUUCUUGCAACGUGCAGGAAUGCCCAGAUGGAAACGCACUGACUUUCCGCGAACAACAGUGCGCUGUGUACAACCACCGAACGGAUAUGUUCAAAGAUUAUCCAUCACCCAUGGACUGGGUGCCACGCUACAGCGGGGUGGCCAAGCGUGAUCAAUGCAAGCUGACUUGCCAGUCCCAUGCCUUGGGCUACUAUUAUGUACUGGAGCCAAGGGUGGCUGAUGGGACGCCCUGCUCUCCGGAUUCUACCUCGGUCUGUGUCCAAGGACGCUGCGUCCACGCCGGCUGCGACCGCGUCAUCGGGUCCAAGAAGAAGUUUGACAAGUGCAUGGUGUGCGGCGGAGACAACUCGCGGUGCACCAAAGUCUAUCGCUCUUUCACCAAGCCCCAGUACGGCUACAACGACGUGGUCACCAUCCCCGCCGGAGCUACCAGCAUCCUUAUCCGCCAGAUUAGCAGCUCAGCCUCGUCCAGUGACGGCAUUUACCUGGCCCUCCGCCGGCAGGACGGCUCCUACGCCCUGAACGGCAACUACGUCCUGAUCCCCUCCGAACAAGAUGUCCACCUCCGGGGCGGCGUCACUUUGCGCUACAGCGGGGCCACCAAACCUAUGGAGAUGAUCACCGGGCCAGGUCCGUUGAAAGAGCCGCUCACCCUGCAGGCAUUGGUGGUGUCCGAUCAGAAGACCCCUCGUCUGAAAUACACCUUCUUCCUCCCCAAGCCUACGAAACGCCUCUCCAACCAGUGGCUGAAGCAAAAGGCCCGAAUUCUGGAAGUGCUACAGAGUCGGCGAGGGCGCAAAUAGGGCCUCUGGACACGAGGAUGUGGGGCAGGGGUCUCAAACUCUUCCUGUUCCCCCUUCUCCCCAUCUUGGAGGAGGCCGGGAGUUCCCGGCGGGGAGGAGUGUUUCCCCCUUGCUUGUCUUUGCAAAGAGGACCCCCCCAUUGUGGGCCUGAAAGACACACAUUGUUUCUCGGCUUGCCACGGACAAUGGGCUUGGACGUUAAGCGAAGCAGGAGCCGGAUCUGGGACCGGGGAGAAAGGGGAGGAAAGGCAACAGAAGAAGCCAGGAAUGGUCAAUUUGGCACCGGUUUCUUCAGUUGAAAUAAUUCCCACUUUUGGGGAGAUUUGGGGGGAGCAGAACGAGGAAAGAAUGGACGGAAAAAAUGAAACGAGAAAAAUCUUUUCCAAAGCCGAAAAAGAGAAGAGGAAAAAAAAGACGCUUUUUUGGGACUCGGUGGAACAGAAAUAGCGAGAAGCCGGAGAAAAAUGAGAGCGAAUUUGCAAAGCUGGAUCCGAGCUCUCUCGCGGCUCAAUCCUGUACGGCGGCUGGACCUUCGGACGGUUGAUGUCCGGCCGUUCCUGUGUAAUAUAUUUAUUAUUUCAGCUAUUUAUUUUGUCCUUUUGGGGAAGCAGGGAGGAGUCGGGGAAGGGGCAAUUGGCCAUGCCCCCUUUUGAGAGAAUCAAGCAGGCGGCCGCACGGUUCCUUCGCUCGGUAGUCCUCGGUUUACGGCUGCCAUCGAGGCCCAGCACCUGCGCGGCUAAGCAAUGUUCAACAAAUGGCAUCUGGUUUUAUGGCCUUUAUGGUCUAUCAUCUAUCUGUAUCUAUCUAUAAUCCAUAAGAAUCUCUCUCUCUCUUAUCUCUAUCAU